CUUAACAUAUUUAACACUCUCAACUGUAUAGACUUAGGACCAUUUUACUUUGGAUGUUUUUUUUAUUUUUUUGGCUUUCACUUCUUUUUAGAGUUGUUUUGGUUGGUUCUUCCUUUCUCUUUUGUCCUUCCUUUCUUUGAUCCCUACCACAAUUUAAGAUAUGAAGUGAGCUUCUUUUUUUGUUGCAAGUUUGUUUCUUCUUAAAUCUGGGCCUCUCAAAUCAAGUGGAGAAACAAGGCAAAAGAAUGGAUGUACUACCUGUCAAGAAUGCAUACUCUAUUAAUUUAUCUCUUUUAUAUACUCCGUACAAAGCAAAUAUGAAAACAUUUUGCCUAAUAAGGGCUGUUUUAUAAUUUUUGACAAUAUUUGAGUUACUAUUUGUAUUUGAGUAACAAGAAUUAGACGUUGUCUUUUACUAGAAGUAAGCUGGUCCAAAAGAAGAACAAAAAUAUGCUAUCAUGCAUAACUUUUAAAGUCUAUAACUCUAUGUCAUUACUUCAUAUAAAUUUUACCAUAAAACCAUAAUAAUUAAAAAGAUAUGCGCAACGUAUUCUGUAAGCUUCUCCGCCAGCGUAUUCCGUAAGCUUCUCCAAAAAAAGGAGAAGGAGCGACUAGGGUUUUGACCCUUCUUCCGCCAUGGACAACAGGGAUUCGAACAGAACAAGGUGGGAGACGACAACGCCGGCUAACCUUCUACCCUAGGCAGGCUGGAUUCUGGCGGCACGGAGGGGCUUUGCCCGCAAAUUGCAGCUACAGUGCAUCAAUUCGUGCAAUAGAUAUAUCAAAAUAGCUGCUCCAAUGCUCCUUCCAUUAGAACUCAGAAGAGCUCAACUUUGUGAAUUUCUGUGAUGGAAUAUUUUUUGUAAAUCUUUUCUUACGCGACUUAAAUGCAUAAUAAAUAUAUCAAAAUGCAUAAUCUUUUUCUAUGUUUCACUGGUAACAGCUUAGACCAGUGGUCUUUCUCAAGAGUAGUCUUCACUGUAUUAUUAACUUUUUCUCAAAUAGCACGUGUUUCUGAUUUAAUCUAUCACACAAACGAUAUUUAUAGCAAAAUUGAUUGAAAAUGCUAUUUGGAAGGAAGAGUUACAUUAGUUGCUGGUCUAAAAUUAGUUCCAGGAUAGUUUGGAUAUUCUUUUGUAGGGUGGCAGAGAGCUCAUUCAUGCCCAAAGGACCAUCUUUGGCCCAACACCCCCCUCCUCUAAUUUCUGCCGAGGCUAGCACCCACCAGCCCCCAUCAUCGUCGCCGAUGUUUUCUGCCAAGGCGAGCACCCACCACCCCCCAUCAUCGGUUGGAGAUGAACGAGGCGGCAGAGAUCUUGAUGUUUCUGGUUCUAAUCCAACUCCAGGUGCGUUGAGACUUUCGGGAUUGCAGAUGAACGAGGCGGCAGAGAUCUUAAGGAUUCUGGCAUGCAUGCCAGUGGAUGUCAUUGCAGCCAUGGCAGUGUUAGAACAACCUUUGCCCUUGGCGGAUGUGCGGAGGAAAAUGGAAGGGAAAUAGUGGGCGAAAGUAUGGAGGGUGUUUUAGGAGUUCUUUUUUGGUAUUUUAUGGAAGAAAAAGAAUAGGAUUAAGAAGGAGAAAUGGAGGGAUAUGAAAUGGAAGAAAUAUCACGGAUGGAUAAAACCAAGUUGGUGUUAGGAGAUAUUACACACUCUUAUCCUAACUUGGGGUUUGAAUCUAGAAUUCAAUUAAGAUAUUACACACUUAAUCAAAUAUAUAGAACCUA